UCCGAGCCCCAUGUUCAAGGCAUUGGUUGCCAACUCCAUCCGUCGCGGCGGCGGUGUGUCUACCCGCCAGUUCUCGUCUGGACCUACAAUGCACGGCACGACCAUUCUGUGCGUGCGCAAGAAUGGCAAAGUCGUUGUCAUUGGGGACGGCCAAGUGUCCCUCGGCCACACUAUUGUCAAGCCCAACGCUCAAAAGGUCCGUCGGAUUAACGAAAACGUCAUCGCGGGGUUUGCUGGGUCGACGGCGGAUGCAUUCACCCUCAUUGAGCGCUUAGAGAGCAAAUUGGAGGAGUACCCUGGGCAAUUGACACGCGCGUGCGUUGAGUUGGCAAAGGCAUGGCGCACGGACAAGUACCUCCGUGCUUUGGAAGCGCUUUUGAUUGUCACGGACAACAAGCAAUCGUUCACGCUGACGGGGAACGGUGAUGUCCUUCAACCACACGAUGGAAUCAUCGGCAUCGGUUCCGGCGGCACUUAUGCGCUGGCUGCUGCACGUGCACUGAUCGAAGAGCCACAUUUGUCGGCGGAAGAAGUCGCGCGUCGCAGCAUGAAGAUCGCUGCUGACAUUUGCGUGUACACGAACCACAACGUCGUCGUCGAAGUGUUGGACGAAGAACCUGCCGCGACUCCUUCCGCGUAAACGAACGAAUCGAUCCCACGGAUGCAUGUUGCCGUCUCUACUCAACCUAGAAUAAUUUGUUUUGCACACACUGCCGUCUCGAC